CAACUUUUUUUGAUCUGCUAUCAACUAAAACUAAACUAAACUAAUUACUAAACGACUGCGAUGCGUUCAAUUUUGUGUGAAUGCAAGGAUGGAAACUUCGAUUAUGUAUUCUCUUCACAAAAUGAAGAGAGGAAUGAUUUUAAGGUGGGACAAAAGGAAGUGGCCAUCAAAGUUGUUGCCUGCUACCUCGCUCGCCAACAUUCGGAUGUUCUGGUGAAGUUAUUCUCAAAGAAAGGCCAAUCAUCUUUCUCUCCUGCUAUGUGUGUCUCAGGUUGCGUCUUGCAGAUUGGUAGCAUGGUCUCAUGCCUCAAAGUCAACAACAGAGUUGUAGCUAGUAUUCCACUGGACUCACAACCACAUGGACGAGCUGAUGUAUGUGUGGUCAACGAGAUAUAUGUUGUUGACCUCGCGGCAGAUGUUGACGACAGACAAGCAGUCCUGCUGAUGAGUGAAGGUGUCAAGGCAUACACAGCACUGCACUACCUUGCUGCCUUGAAAGCCAACGAUCGUCUCGUCCUAUGUGACGCCUCCUCAUCUUUUGGAUGCUUGCUUCUUCAACUUGCUAAAUUAUGGAAGGCCAAUGUUACUGCAAUUGUGUCAAAGAAAGCUGAUAAGAAUUUCUUGCAAAGUCUCAGUCAUCCUCCUGACUGCAUCGUAGAUAUGGAAAGCCAUGCAGAGGCCGGUGCUACAAACCUAGUAAGCAUGUUGAUGGACGCCACAGGGCAGCUUGGAGCAGAUAUCAUUGUCGAUAAUGGAGUUAGGUUGUUUUCCUCGGAGAAAGACAGUUUGGCGGGUAAGGAUGAUUUGUCGUCGUGGAAGCCUCUGAAGCAAGAGAUUAUAUCCAGUUUGUCGGUGGGUGGACGAUGGGUGACGAGUAACCCCCUGCUCCAGAUAGACCCAGUGGAUUCGAUGCAGUUGUAUUUGAAGCAAGCCAGCGUUGGGUAUUUGUUUGACCAGGCUUGGACUUUGUCUUCGUGCAAACUUGGUAAAUGGAUUUGUAUUGUUAAAGAUUUGUUAGGAAAGGUUCAGGCUGGCAGCAUUCAGCAUCCCGCAUGUGCGCCGCAGCCAGUUGCGUUCAGUGACCUGAAGAAACUGGAAGUCAGCAAGGCAGAUGCAAUUAUUUGCAUGGAAAUCUGAUAUAAAAAACAUUUACUUUGAUGUCUUCCAAAAACUAUAUUUUGUCCAUUCCGAUUGAUAUGCUAACCUUUUGAAGUUAUUUUUUCGCGAUUUUCGUAUUUUAUAAAAAUAAUUUC